CAAUUUAGAGAGAGAAACAGGAAGAACUUUAGAGAGAGAAACGACGUCUUCAACAGAACACAGAAGACACUAUUUUUCCGCAUCUCUCUAAAAACUCUCCCACUCUCUCUUUUCCGACCCACCUCUUCUCCUCCUCUUCGUUUUCGCUAUCUUUCUCUUCUCCUCAGCUGAUAUUCCAUCUGAGUUUGCCCCACAUUUCCGUUUCAUCAUUUUCUGCUCAGGUGGUGGUACAUUUUUAGGAUUCUUCGAUUCAAAUAUUCAAGGGUUUGGGAAAAUUUUCAGGAGGGCAAGUCAAGUUUCCAUGGAGAAAUGAUGGUUGCAUAAGCAAGCCUUUCACUUGCCUUGACCGGGCAAGUGCUGCGGGUUUUGUUUGCUUGAUUCUCUCAGAAAGCUACGUGGAAUUGAACUCCGUGUUAGUUAGGAAAUGGCCGGAGGAAGAAUAAGGGAAAAGUUCCGCAGGAGCAGCCUGUACACGUUUGCUACGUGCCACAGGCCGCACACUUCUGAGGAAGAAGAAUUCAGCCUUCCUGUCGAAGGGCCUGGUUACUCGCGAGUUGUUCAGUGCAACAAACCGGAUCUGCACGAUCAUAGACCUCUCAAGUACUGCAAAAAUUACAUAUCCACAACCAAAUACAAUUUCAUUACAUUUCUUCCAAAGGCAAUAUUUGAGCAAUUCAGACGCGUUGCCAAUAUGUACUUUCUCCUGGCUGCAGCCUUGUCGCUGACUCCCGUGACACCUUUUUCUCCUCUGAGCAUGAUUGCUCCUUUGGUCUUUGUUGUGGGGUUGAGUAUGGCUAAGGAAGCUAUGGAAGAUUGGCGCCGGUUUAUGCAGGAUAUGAAUGUUAACUUACGGAAAGCGUCUGUGCACAAGCAAGACGGUACUUUUGGUCCUAAGCCGUGGAUGAAGAUUCGGGUAGGAGAUAUAGUGAAAGUAGAAAAGGAUCAGUUUUUCCCUGCUGAUCUGCUUUUUUUAUCUUCUAGUUACGAAGAUGGGAUUUGUUAUGUCGAGACUAUGAAUCUAGACGGGGAGACUAAUUUGAAGGUGAAACGAGCGAUGGAGGUGACACAAAACAUUGAGGAUGAUUCUUCUUUGAAGGAUUUUAGUGGAACCAUCAAAUGUGAGGAUCCAAACUCCAGUCUUUACACUUUUGUGGGGAAAAUGGAAUAUGAUUGCAAGGUAUAUCCCAUUGAUCCAAGUCAAAUACUCCUUCGAGACUCGAAGCUUCGGAAUACGGCCUAUGCAUAUGGAGUAGUUGUAUUCACUGGUCAUGAUAGCAAAGUUAUGCAGAACUCCACGAAAUCUCCUUCUAAGAGGAGUACGAUCGAGAAACAAAUGGACAAGAUAAUUUACAUUCUUUUCAUUGUUCUAGUGGUCAUUUCACUUCUAAGUUCCAUCGGUUUUAUUCUGAAGACGAAAUACGAUCUGCCAAACUGGUGGUAUUUACAGGUUCCGGACGAAAAACAUCUUUAUGAUCCUCAGCAGCCGCUGCAAUCGGGGUUCUAUCAUCUGGUUACUGCUCUUAUGCUGUAUGGCUACUUGAUACCGAUAUCCCUCUAUGUGUCGAUUGAGGUCGUAAAAGUCCUCCAAGCACUAUUCAUAAACAAGGAUAUUCAAAUGUAUGAUGAAGAGACCGGAACUCCAGCUCAGGCUCGGACAUCAAACUUGAAUGAGGAAUUGGGGCAGGUUGAUACGAUCCUAUCAGAUAAAACUGGCACUUUAACAUGCAACCAAAUGGAUUUCCUUAAAUGCUCGAUUGCUGGCACUGCAUAUGGCACUCGUCCUAGUGAUGUAGAACUUGCUGCUGCGGAGCAGAUGGUGAGGGAUAUGGAUGGUCAGGGUCAAAGCGGAAUGCCCCAAUCGACGGACAAAAGUCAAGAAUUUGUGAAAUCGGAGAUCCAAUUGGAGACUGUCGUUACUGCGAAAGAUGACAUGCUUAGGCUACCGAUAAAGGGGUUUAGCUUUGAGGAUAACCGCCUCAUGUCCGGGAAUUGGUUUAACGAGUCGACUGCUGAUGACAUCUUGCUAUUUUUCCGAAUACUAUCGGUUUGUCACAGUGCAAUUCCAGAGCAAAACGAAGAGACUGGAAUCUGUACCUAUGAAGCAGAAUCACCUGAUGAAGGUGCAUUUCUUGUUGCUGCCAGAGAAUUUGGUUUUGAGUUAUGUAAAAGAACACAAUCGGGUGUACAUGUACGCGAGAGAUAUCCUUCCUAUAAAGAGCCAGUUGAAAGGGAGUACAAACUUCUAAAUUUGUUGGACUUCACUAGCAAGAGGAAGCGAAUGUCUGUAAUCGUUAGGGAUGAAAAUGAUCAGAUUCUUCUCUUCUGCAAAGGAGCUGACAGCAUCAUUUUCGAACGCUUAGCAAAUGGCGGGAAAAAGUAUUUGGAUGUUACCACAAAGCAUUUGAACGAUUACGGGGAGGCUGGAUUGCGAACUCUUGCACUUGCUUACAAGAAACUCGAUGAGGCGGAGUAUAAUGCUUGGAAUGAUGAGUUCACCAGAGCAAAAACCUCAUUUGGUGGUGAUAGGGAGGCGAAUCUAGAGCGGGUGUCUGAUAUGAUGGAAAGGGACUUGAUACUUGUUGGUGCGACUGCUGUGGAGGACAAAUUACAGAAAGGAGUGCCUCAGUGCAUAGACAAACUUGCACAAGCUGGUUUGAAGAUUUGGGUUCUGACAGGUGAUAAGAUGGAAACUGCAAUUAAUAUAGGAUUUUCUUGUAGUUUGCUUCGGCAAGGGAUGAAGCAAAUUUGUAUAACGAUCAAUCCUGAAAUGUUCGAGUCCACCGAGAGUUCUGCAAGGGAUGGAAUCUUAAAGCAAAUUAUUGAUGGAUUCCAAAUGGUGAAGCAAGAAAAAGAUCCUAAUGCUGCGUUUGCAUUGAUCAUUGAUGGAAAGACUCUGGCAUAUGCACUGGAGGAUGACAUGAAGCAUAAAUUUCUGAGUUUAGCUGUUGAAUGUGCUUCGGUCAUAUGCUGCCGAGUCUCCCCUAAGCAGAAAGCUCUUGUAACAAGAUUAGUGAAAGAAGGCACUGGAAAAAUCACAUUAGCAAUUGGUGAUGGUGCGAACGAUGUUGGCAUGAUUCAAGAAGCUGACAUUGGAGUUGGCAUCAGCGGAUGUGAAGGAAUGCAGGCUGUGAUGGCUAGCGACUUUGCUAUUGCUGAGUUUCGGUUUCUAGAGAGGCUUCUAGUAGUACAUGGGCAUUGGUGCUACAAAAGGAUUGCUCAAAUGAUUUGUUACUUUUUCUACAAGAACAUUGCGUUUGGCCUCACAAUCUUCUAUUUCGAGGCGUUUGCUGGUUUUUCCGGACAAUCAGUGUAUGACGACUGGUAUAUGCUGCUAUUCAACGUCGUUCUCACUUCGCUGCCUGUCAUUUCGCUUGGUGUGUUCGAACAGGAUGUGGAUUCUGAAGUAUGCUUGCAGUUCCCGGCUUUGUAUCAGCAAGGCCCGAAAAACCUGUUCUUCGACCGGGUGAGAAUAUUCGUGUGGAUGGCGAACGGUCUUUACGCUUCCCUCAUUAUCUUCUUCCUCAACAUCAUCAUCUUCUACGACCAAGCUUUCCGCUCCGGCGGCCAGACGGCCGACAUGACGGCCGUCGGGACUGCCAUGAUGACCUGCGUGAUCUGGACAGUCAACGUCCAGAUCGCGCUGGCAAUGAGCCACUUCACUUGGAUCCAGCACGUCCUCAUCGUCGCCAGCGUAGCCACGUGGUACCUCUUCCUCCUGGUCUACGGAGAGCUUCAGUAUGCCCUCGAGGUGAACGCGUUCAGGAUCCUCCUCGAGAUCCUCGCCCCAGCCCCAAUCUACUGGUCCACGACCCUCCUGGUCACGAUCGUAUGCAACCUCCCGUACUUUGCCCACAUCUCGUUCCAGAGGUCGCUGAACCCGCUGGACCACCACAUCAUCCAGGAGAUCAAGUACUACAAGAAGGACAUCGAGGACGGGCGCAUGUGGAGCCGGGAGAGGUCCAAGGCGCGGCAGAAGACGAAGAUCGGGUUCUCGGCGAGAGUCGACGCGAAGAUCAGGCAGCUCAAGGGGAGACUGCACAGGAAAUGCUCAGUAGUGAUCAGUGGCCAUUCUUCUCCUGCAAGGAAACAGACUUGAUAUAUACAUACAUAUAUAUAUAUAUAUAUAUAUAUAAACUCAUACAAGCUUCAUGAAAAGGAAAAUAUGAUGACCUGUUUCUUGAUGUAAAGGUCUGCUGUAUGUAACAUACAUAUAUAUAUAUGUAUGUAUAGAUUCUUUAUCAUGAUAUAACAGUUCCAUAUUUGGUGUUUCAUUAUUGAGCCUUUUAUAUAUCAUUUCGAAAUGCUGAUUAAGUCAUGAAAUUUGAACAUAUCUCAUUUUUCCAAUAAAGAUCUUUUAGUGCUAUUUUUCAUUGUAAAUAGCUGCUUUUUCUUUUGUAAUUUUAGUAAGAAAUCAUAUUGCAUAAUCUCUAGUGUGUUAGUGAUUGAUACUCCCUCCGUCCCACAAGAAUAUGCACUAUUUCCCUUUUAAUCCGUCCCAUAAUAAUAUGCACUUUCUAAUUUUAGAAAUUAUUUUCUCUCUAAUGUGGUGGGACCUAUUCCAUACUAACAAUACUUUAAUUACUUUUUCUCUCUGCCUCUCUUUUACUUUACUAAUUUUGCAUUAAAACUCGUGUCAAACCCAAAGUGCAUAUUCUUUAGAGACGAGAGAGUAUAUUAUUAAUAGAAAAUCAGAUUCACUUAUCAAAAAUAAAUAACCACCAAUUUUGGUAAGUGAAUAUGAGUAUUUUGUAAAUAGAGUUUUUUUUAAAAUCUUAAAAAUGAAAUUAUCCAAAUCCCAUUGGAUUGGAAACGUACGAACGUUACAAAUUUAAAGAAAAUACCAUUAUUCUUUACCAUAAAUAAAUACAUUUUCGACGGGUUGGCCCAUCAGCCCACCACCGGGCACCCGUACCCGACAAAUACGGGUCCGACGUCACGACGUCGUAUUUAAGCCAAUUGUGUCAGUCUUCCUCAGUUCUAAAAGAGCAGAAACAGUAGAAAACAAAAAAGCAGAGUAAAAAAAAAGAAAAAAAAAAGAAAAAAAGGAAGAAACAGAUAAAUCAUUGGAACUUAGGUGUGAACGGAACAAAAAAAAUCUCUGGAUUUCUUGAUCAGAUCGAAGAAACGAGGAGCUUUACAUGGAUUAAACUUGUAAUUUUAUAGAUAUUGUCGCUCUUUUUCUAUCCAGGAAUUUGCAAGAUUUGACUGAGUUGAGGUGAAAAGAGGAGUGGAUUGGGGUUUCCACUGUUUGAACUGUGAUGGAGCCCCGAGUUGGGAAUAAGUAUCGCCUCGGCAGGAAAAUCGGGAGCGGCUCCUUUGGGGA